GUCCCGCGCGCCAGCGAGUGGGUUCCAGAGACGCCUAGGACGCCCUGGGAGCCAUGGGCGAGCUCCCGUUCUUCAGGGCGCGCUCGGCCUUGCACCCGGACCACCUGUGGAUCUGGGAAAGGUCUGUGUACGUGGACGAGAACCAGCGUACCUGGCUGCCCAUAAUCAUCGAGAUGGAGAGUAGCCUCCAAGUACUCAUGCGGCAGGAAGAUGUGCUCCUGGGGGAGGCUGUGUGCCCCGGCCUGCUAGCCCCCGGCCUGGUGCCCUCCAUGUGGCAGCUCUACCCUGGAAGACGAUACCGAGGCUCAGACUCCAGUUUCUGGCGCAUCGUGUACCACAUCGAGUUCAGUGGCACGGAGGAGAUGCUCCUUGAGCAGCUGCCGGACCCGGAGUAUGAGUGACGAGGUUACGGGCAUUGUGGAUUAUCACGCCAGCUGCGCCGGGGAUCGUUUGACUCGAUAGGUCACCAGAAUGAGCUUCGAGGAAGUACAGUAACUUCUUAGGUCCCAGAGCCAGGUUCCAAAUCCAGGCGUUCCGUCGCCGGGCCGCUCGCUGUGGUCAGAGUCUGCCCCUGCGAGGCUUCAGCUCCUGGGACCCGCGCUCGCCUCCAGGCUCCCAGUCCAGACCUGCCCCUGCCGGCUCUGCCUCUGCCCCCUCCCCAAACCUCCCUCCACCCCACCUCCGGCCCGCCCCUCAACUCUAUCAGGUCCUGCCCUUUGCCUUUGACUGUGUCUUCUCUCGUCCUUCUCUUGGUCCAGGCCCCACGGCUCCUGUCUCCUCCUGUCCCCAAGUGCUGCAGGCCUGCAGUGGGGACGUUCGUGCUUGCGCUCACCCUCGUGUGCCAGCCCUGUGUGUUCUGUUCUGUGCCCCCCACCCCCCUCCCCGGCCCGGGAGAGAAUGAGAGGCAGGAGACGAGCCUGCCUGAGGCCCCGUCCACGUGCCCCGGCUGUCCUGCCCUCUGGCUUUCUCCUGGUGGGUUUUGGCCUCUCUCUUCAUUCUGCCGUUCUCGGUAACUAGUGUCGUGGGGCUGCGUACCCCGGGCUGCUUCUCACUCUGUUCCCUCAGCUCCGUGUGCCUCUGGCUGCCAGGGAGUGGGGCCGACUCACUUGAGCCCGGGCCAGGCCGUGGGGCCCCUGGACCAGCUGUCUCACGUGGUGCCUGUGACCGUGCUACAGAAGCCAGAAGCCCCCCCCCUCCCAGCCCAAGCAGGCUGAGGUGCGGUUCCCAGGAAGGCCGGCCUGAGAGGAGCCCAGAUGUGCACCCAGGAUGUCAGCAAUCCACAUCUCGUGAUAUAACAGGAGGCCAAGCAAGCGAGCGCCGUGGACGGGCCCUCAGGCUGCCCAUCUGUCCAAGGACGGAGCUUGAAGUUGCCCCUUUUUAAUGGUGUGCACACACCUGGGAUGUCAUGAAGUCGUAUGUCGUGUGAACACUUUGGAAUGUGGAUUACGUGUGAAACAGUUCAUCUGCCUCGGUGCUGACCCAGCUCCUAUCCCUUCACCUCGAUUCUAGGGGAGAGAAGCGAGAACAGGCAGUCACCAAGUAGGUUUUGGAAGGGAAAGAAGACUCAUGAAUUUAGUGUGUUUCUUUUACGUUGGUGACAAGGCUGGGUUGAACGAUUGAUUGGCAUAUACUCCAAUUGCUCAAAACCCCAGUGUUCUCGGAGGCCCGCUUUGAGAACCGUUGGAGUAAGUGACCCCAGAAGGUCUUUGUUGGUGUUCAAGACCCCUCUGUCUGGUGCCCUGGCCAGUCAUCUCCCCCCCCCCCCCCACCUGGCUCUGGCACUCACCAGGCUCUGUCCUUACAUGUGUACCUCCGGUGCCAGUAGGGGACCCUCCUCCCUGCCUAUAACUGUGCCCGGCCACCCAGGCCUCAGCCACAGUCCCCUCCCUGCCUCUCAUGCUCCAUGCUCACAGCCCAGCCCACAGGGUCUCUGUCUCUUGUGAUUUUAACCCCGUUGCCCUGCACGGUGCUUGGUGAUGUGAGAGCUUGGUGUAUUAGAGCUAUUACUAGACAAGACUCUGGUCGGUAGGGACAGGGCAUCAGGAUAUCAGGACAGGAGGAGCGUCGGAGAUCAGCCGGUUGUCUCACUUUUAGGAGCAGGCCCAGGAGGAGGAAAGGUCUCAUCUGGGGUUGAAUGUUUGCGCCUCCCUCCGUCGCCCAGAUUCAUGUCGAUGCCUUAACCUCCAAUGUGUGUAUUCAGAGAUGGGGCCUUUGGGAGGCAGUUAGGGUAAGAUGAGGUCCUGAAGGUGUCGCCCCAGGAUGGAAUUGGUGCCCUUCUAAGAAGAGGAGGACCGAGAAAGAGCUCUCUCCGUGCACGCGCGCCAAGGAAAGGCCAAGUGAGGACACGGUGAGAAGACAGCAGUCUGCCAGCCGGGAAGAAGGUUCUCAAUAGACAAGGAAUCUGCCAGCACCUCCGUGUUGGACGUCCCAGCCUACAGAACCUUGAGAAAUAAACGUCUGUUACUGAA